UUGACGUUAUGGACCAACAUGGCUGAUGGCAACAUCCUGAACAUCCACUAUACAGAUGCACAAUAAUCGUCACGCCACACGUGUUUGCGUGCGUUGCGCCGACCAUGAGAAACAGUGCGAGAAAUGUCAAAGAUAAUAAAAACCGGACUGGUAAGAAUGGCAACAACGAUAAGCCACGGGAAAAGAAGUUUGACAAAAAGAAGUACAGAUUACAAAAGUAUAGCAACAAGUAUAAAAUUGAACAGUGGGAAGAGAAGAGGAAGAAGGCCGUGUUGCUCGGAUUCUACAAUCAGCUGAAGCGGGAUGAGCAGAAUUCCGCGGGAACGUCAUUGAAUUUAGGCGACGCGUCCAACAGUGCGGACGAAACGAGCAAACCGAGGAAGAAGGGCUACGCCUUCUUCAAGGCCAGGCAGGAGUACAAGCGAAAGCGGGAAGAGAAGAAGAAGAGGAAGGAGGAGGCCGUUCGCGUGAGAGCGGAACGAGAGGAAGCAUUAAGGAAGUACAAGGAGCAGAAAAUGCGUAAUUUCAAGAUAUUAUCGAAGAAGACUAAGAAGGGACAGCCCGUCAUGAGGGGCAGAAUAGAGCUGCUGCUGGAGAAGAUACAGCAAAGUGUAACGUAAUCUGCAGUUGCCUCUUCCUGUCCCGAUUAGACUGAUCAUCACAUCCAUUGUAGCACGCACAAUGGAACAUUAUUCAGAGGAACAGAACAGUUUUCGCUUUUGUACAUGAUGUAUAUUGCCUGUUACAUAAUAGAGGAAUGUAUAGAAUGUCCCAGUAAUGGCACAUGUUCUUCGAACCUACCUCGUUAAUUGUUUGCCACAUGACAUUGUCUCCAAAUAUGUCUACAAAUAUGUUGUAUCUUAUUCUAGCUUUUAUAUUACUAUACCAUUUGUGCGAACUGGAAUGACAGUGUCGUGUGCAAUUACUUGUUAAAGUAUAAUAAAAUAAUGGGAAUAAAUGGAGUAAAUGGAAUUGAAAAA